AUGGCCCCCCUUCUCCUCCCGAUGGCCGCCGCCUUCCUCCUCCUCCUCCCCGUGAUCCUCUCCGCCACCGUCGUCGACGACCUCCGUAACCUGCGGCCGCCCCCUGACUUCAACUCCACCAUCACCGGCAACUGCCUCCGAAACCCUUCCCUCCGGUAUUGCGGCAACUCCCGCCCUCUGGGGGGCCUCGACGAGAUCUUCAAGUUCACUGUUGUCGCGAGUCACCUAUGCAACGAGUCCCGCAAUCCCAAUUGCAUCGAGUCCUUCGACAAGAUCGACCUUCGGGGCCGCCCUAAGAUCGCACCGCUCUAUCUGUCCUUCGACUUCUUCUGGAAGUACUGCCCCCUAUCGAUCCAGUCCAUUGACUUCUCGAACAACUCGCUGAGGGGCGAGUUCCCGACCAGUGUUCUGGCCUGCGCACAGGUCAGGGCCCUCGAUUUCAGCCACAACGAGCUUUCGGGCGAUUUUCCGGUCGAGAUGCUGGCUUCGCUGGUCAACCUGACCGUCCUCAACCUUUCUUACAAUCACUUCUCGGAGUGUAAACUGUCCGAGAGCCUAGUCUUCAGGCGGUUCAAUUCAAGUAAUUUUGUCCACUCGGGCCUCAUUCCAAACAAACAGAGUUUCGCGGUCAAGGCGAUGUUUCUGAUGAUCGGCUUGCCACUUAUGGUGAUUUUACUUGUGGGUUUCAUGGCUAUGCUGUGUUUUAGAAGGCGCAAUCUAUCAUUGGAAUCUCGACAACCAAGACAUCACUUCACUACAUCGAUGCUUAAUGCAGCGACAAGCGGAUUCUCGUGUGAAAACUUAGAGGGGAAGAGUGAUGGAGUAGAUAUUUACAGAGGAAUUCUGAGAGAUGGUACUCAAGCGAGGAUCGAGAUAUACUGGAGUGACAUUUCCACGGAAAGCAUGAGAAAAUUCGUCGAAGAGUGUAAGGUCCUGGUCCAAUUGCGCCACAAGAACCUUGUGCGAGUAUUCGGUUGGUGCAACGACCGGGAAAUGAGAGCGAUCGUGAUGGAAUGGACUGACGGAGAGAGCCUAGAGAUUUGGUUGACGGAGAGAGCUCCACCGUUGAAGCACAGGUUGAAGGUAUUGGUUGGAGUCAUGGAAGGCAUGUGUUACUUGCAUGAAUUGUGGCCUCAAGUGGGGUAUGAUCUCCGGACCAGUAGUAUUAUCUUGUCUAGAAAUCUUGAGCCACUGAUUUCGCGGUUCGAAUUCGACAGUCGAAACAGCAUCUCGAAGAACAAACACAAGUUUGGAGUGCUUUUGUUGGAGAUGAUCACAGACAUAGGGAAGAUGGAAGACAUUGAGGCAGGCGAGGCCGGUUUUAUCGAGUACAUCCGAAUGAAUUUCCCUGCAAAUUCACAGAAUUUGUUGGAUGAGAGAAUCAUGAAUGGUAGUACUACAAUUGAACAAGCUCGGCAGGUCAUUGAGAUCGGGUUAGCAUGCAUUGACCACUCAGCUAACGAGCAGCUGAAGAUGGAUUGGAUACGUCUUAUCCUGCUGAGAAUCUACAGAGCAUGCCAUGCUAAUGGAUCUCCUAACCAUGGACGAUUCAGCGGAGAUAGGGACAAGAGACAUAAGCACGGUCAAUGA